CGUGACCAACCUCUCUUCCGAGUAGCAACGAAAGGAGCUCGAUGGGCUGAAAGAUCAAUCACAAGCAGGCCAGCAGAGACGUGCAGUCCACCACCACAAUGUCGCAGUCACAGCCCACCAUGACGCCCGCAGAGCGCAUUCGCGAACUGUCAGCCAUAAACGCCGAUGUGCCCGCUCUAUUGUCCAGUGCUGCUGGCGCAAUCAAUGCCUUGACUGAUCGUCCCCUGACCGCGAACUCGUUUGAGAGCGAUGAAAUGGUCGAUGAUCAUAGCAACAACUCGACGGCCGCUCACAAGGAAGCUUUUACAAAAAACACAACCGCCUACUUUACGCACAUCCAAUCGAUCAUGGCCAGAUUGCGCCGUCAAGCAUAUGCAUUGGAGGAAGCUGGUAUCAUUACUGCCGAGGCUCCAACAUUGAGUACCACAGGAGCAGCGGCUGAGACUUCAGGCCUGGGAAGGAGAGGCCCGCUUGGUCAACCGCAGAGACAGCCUGCUGAAGAGGGUGAACGUGUUACCAACGGUGGUCUCGGAAGCCUGGAUGUUGGCCUGCUCAAUUCGAGAGGCAACAGCGUUGGUCUGGACAAGGAGGCUGAACUCAUCGCCCAAGCCAAGCAGAUGGUGGCUGAAAUGCUGAGGGGGCGCCAGAAGAAUGUCUAGAGGACAGUAAAAGUCACGAUACGGAAGGAGGGCAUAACCAGGCGUUCAUCAUAUCACGAUACCCAUACACGUUUGCAAUCAGAAACAGGAUCUCGCGCUUAUUUAUGGUCAACUGUCUCCUCGCGUGCUAAGUUCUGUUACACGUACUCUAUAUCAAGACACGGUACUUUUAAUGCAAGUAGACUCGCCGCGGGUCGUCGAGUUGUCGACUGUGCGCGAAGGUCUCUUAGGUGUC